CACACAUGUAAUUCGAGGUGGCAUUUCCAUCCUCAUCAUCGAGAGCGUGAUACGACCGGGACAUCCCGUCUCAUGCCACAACUCUAGAGUCAUGUACGAAGAUUCGUGGUACAGCUUGGUACCCGAUCACAAUGCCCACAAGACCAGCACGAAUACGUCUACGUCGCAGCCUUCUGCUGGUCGUCGAAGGCGCGAGUCUCUCUUGCAACCACCAAAUGGAAACAAACAAUCCGGCGACAGCGAACCUCUAGAGCGCUUAUAUGAAGAGCCCGAAGCUUCUAUCGGUCCUCCAGAGCCGACAUUGCUUCCUCGAGCCAAAUCAUACUCCGACUUCUACUGCAUUGUCCGGGCGCAGUUAGUUAAGGAUGCUGCAAAGAGGAAGAAACGGAGGAGCAAAGCAAAGGCCUUGGAUUCCUUGUUGGUUGCCAAACCCGAGGACACGUUGCCGGCCCGCAGGCUCCCAUUACCCCCAUCGAUCGAUGCCGACCUGGUCGAUGCCAGCCAACAGGAGUACAUGCUCUACCGAGAUCAGCUUGACAUGGCAGAACGCCAUCUGGGUGGACUUAUUGCCGACGCGAAUAGCGCACUCAACCUCUUGACAUCUCUAGCUGACAACUUCCGAGCUGUUGAAGCCCAGACUUCAUCCUUUCAAGCCCAAUGCGACGGCCUAUUAUCUGAAGAGCGACGAUUACAGAAGCUGGCUGAUGAGGUCGGCACGGAUCUUCACUACUAUGCAUAUCUGGACGGGGUCACUCGGAGGUUGAAUGCUCCUGGCGCGAGUCGCCUGGUUGAUCAUGAGAACUUUGGCGAGAUUUUGACCAACCUAGACGCCUGUAUAGAGUUCAUGAUGCAACAUCCUGAUUAUCGCGAUGCCGAAUCAUACCUAGCACGGUAUCAAUCACUUCUGACCAAAGCACUCCAUCUUCUCGAGACGGGAUUCUCUAGCCAUCUUGAGCAAGUAUCCUCAGAAAUCUCGAGACAGAUUUUAGGGACACACUCUGAAGCUGCUCGCCACGCUUUGGCGUAUGGCCGCAGUGAGCAAAUGCUGCUCGAGGCUGAUGGGCUGAUUACGAAUAUUCAGCGAGCAGUUCGUAGCUGUUACGACCAGUUUGGCCAGCCAAUACCCAACGAGCACUUCGACACUUAUUCAAACACGAUAGUCAAUCUCUUCUCAACAUACUUAGAUACGCGGGACAGAAGUUUGCGACCCAUCACACAGCAUGACCUGGAAGCCUUCCGAAAAGAGGCGAAAGAGAUUAAUGUUGAAACAGCCUGUCGUAAUUUCGUUAAGCAAUGCUACGAGCGUUCUUCCAAUGAAGCCGGUCUUUUCCUACGGGUCUUCUCAAUAGAGCCACAUUUCAAUCCUGAUCUUCAGUCCGCAUACUCAAUUCUGAAGUCUCAGCAGAAGGCGCUUAUCAAUGCAGCUAAUCUAAACCCCAUUGCCACCACAUUGCAACCGGUGCUUCAAGGAACUGACCUUCAGACGACAUGUAAUUUUUUGGGGUGGAUUACAAACGAGUAUUUGCUGUCAGAGUAUGAUGAAGAAGAGACCCAAUUUUCUCUGCAUUGCCAUGAUUUGACAGCACGACUUCUCACUGAACACCUCUGGCCGUUCGCGGACAGCUGCUUCGAAGCGGAAGUGACAAAAUCGAUUUCAAAAGCGCCAAUACCUCAGGAAGCACUGAAGGCCAUGCCGGUUAGCGACAGUGCAACAGUGUCAAACGCUUACCCUAUCGUGAAACGCGCGCUUGAACUCUUAUCCAUGUACGAUCAGGCAAUGCCCAAGGAGAGAAGCCAAAAAUCGAAUCCCGUUGUUUUCCGUAUCGUGACAGAAACAAUCUCUGCAUUGCAACGGGCUGAGGCACGCUUGAAGGCAAACAAAGCAGCCAACCCGGAUCCAGACCCUGACCUGUUCAUGAUCAAAAACUUGCUAAUCGUAAAGAAUGGGCUCAUGUCUCUUGAAAUAGGCGACGUUAGGUCACAGCCAGCAACGAUGCAAUACUUCAGUCAAAUCUGGGAUACACUCAGUCCCCAAAAUUGGAUUGGAAUGUUUCGAGGCAUCCUGGGGGGCACACUUUCUCUUGGGCUUUGGUCGUCCGCGGCUACCGACGGGAAGUCGGCUGGAAAUCUCACGCAGAUGCAAGCCGACCAAGAUGCAAAUGAGAAGUUAGAUGAGCUACUACGACAAAGCAUUUAUGCCUUUACUCAGCGAUGGGGUACGCUCAUCAAUGGACCCAGGUCCGGGAAAAGAGGACAACAAAAUGUCACUACCAUUGAACAAGAGCUCGAUAUCAAGCUGUCAGGGGCGUUUGGAGAGCAGUUUGAAGUUAUCGCUAAGCUGAAGGAGGCGAUUUACAUGAAUGCCCAGGCGCAAAAAGAGGUCAAAGCGGAGCGCGGCUCGCGAUAGCAUAGAACCCCAAAGUGGUCGAUUAAAUAGAUCACCUUAACUUACAGUAGAAAUUCAAUAUCAUGGCGCUAUCAAGCUA